UGUUCUAAGAUUCUGACGUCACAUUCAACUAAAAACAAACAAACAACCACUCAUGUAAACGCACCCCAAACAUUGCUAUCGUUAUCGAUACAGAAUCGAUGCUUUUAUUACAAGUAUCCUAACGUUGCAAGACGAAAAGGGGCAUCGGUUGCGGUUGCGUUUUAUUAUAACAAUUUUCGACGGAAUAGAAAAAUGACUAGCUGCGUUCAGCAGCAAAAAGACGAUGAGCAGUUGCUAGAGCAACUGAAUGCCAGCGACGAUGAAAUUAACGACUCAGGCGACAUCGCUGAGGAAGAGGAAAAAGACAAACAAUUGCUAACAGAGCCUACAUUCUGUUUUUCGAACAGCAACACAUGCUGGGUGUGCAAUGGCUAUUAUGGACCGAACUUUGGGGAGCCGCUAUGCGGGGCAUGUCAUGCUUUUCUAUACAACGCACAACGGGCCGAAGAGUUGCUGACAGAAUUAUCAGACGACGAGGACUCUGGCAAUGAUGAGCCGCCUUUUAAGGACAAGCAGGAGGAUGAUGAAACUGAAAAUGAUGCAGAUAUAAUGGGCUUUGAAGACCUAGAAGAUGCGGCACCAGCUGCCCCUCAACAACAACCACAACAACAGCACCAGCAGCCACAGCAACAGCAACAACAGCCGGCAAACAAUGAAGCUGAGCAUAUAGAGGAAGCUCAGCCUGCACAACAACAGGCAGAGCCGCAGGCGGAACCUCAAGCAUUGCCCGCGAGACGAGGCACACCGGAGCGUGAUUACGAGCAUGAACGUGCGAUAAAUCCAUUUCUGUUACCCAUCAAACGGCCACGCCCCGCUGCACCACACGCUCUGCCCCAUUACAUGCUCGAGCUCGCCGAUGGACGUGCUCGUGCGCAUGAAUACAAUACAAAUAACAGUGGAAACAGCAGCAGUAGCAGCAGCAGCAAAUGCAUCACUAGUCGCAUACCCGUCGAGGUGAUGUUGAAAAUAUUUGCUUACUUAGAUGACAUGUCGCUGUGGAUGGCCAGCGAGGUGUGUAAGCAAUGGCACGAAAUUAUUGUGAAGAAUACGGCUCAAAGCAUGUGGAAGACCUACAUUAAGCAGCGCUGGCCGCUGUUUGAGUGCCUUGCCGAGCAACCAGACUGGUAUAAAUUGUACGGAGCAUUGAUGUCGUCUUGCUUCUGUCGCACCUGUCUCAUUGAUCUGGGCAGCCAGUCGCCACCAGCUGGCGAGCUGGGUAAUGUGAUACGAAAUAACUUUUUGCGCGGCGAAGCGAAUCUGUUGAACAGCUACGAAUCGGAGGGCAUAUCGGCCAUACCAUUGGAUCGACAAAAUAAUUAUUGGCAGGCAACGAUACUUGGUCCGCCUGGCAGCCCAUACGAGGGCGGAAAAUUCUUUCUGUUUAUAUACUUUCCGGAACGUUAUCCCAUGACACCGCCAACGGUGCGUUUUCUAACCAAAAUCCUUCAUCCAAAUGUGUCAAGACAUGGCGAUGUCGGCAUUGAUAUAUUCCAGCAGCAAAACUGGUCACUGGCCCUAAAUGUAGCCAAAGUUUUGUUGUCUGUUCAAAGUUUGCUCACAGAUCCCUACACUGACGUGUGCAUGGAGCCGGAGUUGGGCUAUAUCUACGAGCAUGAGCGUUCACGUUUCGAGCAGCUGGUGCGGACCUGGACCUGGAAGUAUGCCAUGCUUGAGCUUAUGACACCGCAUUGAAAAAAAUUUCGUAGCCUUGUUUUAGAAACUGGACUGAAUGUUGGAAACAUCUCAUUUAAGUUGUUUUUGUAUAUGUAACUACCAUUAAUGUAUUUAGUUUAAUGCAGCCAUUUAUAUUGGCCUCUCAAAACACAAUAUAUAGUCAAAAUUAUGCUUAAUAUAUAUAACACUUGGAAAUGUUCAAGCCGAA